AUGACAUAUGUGUAUGGUGCGCUUUUGAGAGUGGGAAAGUCAAGACUUAUUACAGAGUAUAAUGACAUAUGGGCCUACCCAUUUACACCGAAAAAGCUUGACGAGCUAGCUGCAAUUGAAAAGGCAAAACUGGAAUCGCAGACGCUUGAGUCAGUUUUGGUUAACGGGGAAAAUGAUUUUGUGAUGGACAAAAGUGGAUCCAAGGUCCGAGUGUCUGAUCUAGUUGGAAAGAACAUUCUUCUUUACUUCUCAGCUCAAUGGUGCCCUCCUUGUCGUGCCUUUUUACCCAAGCUAAUUGAAGCAUACCACACAAUUAAAGCAAAAGACAAUGCAUUUGAGGUGAUCUUCAUCUCAAGUGACAGCGAUCAAUCCACCUUUGACGAGUUCUAUUCAGAAAUGCCUUGGUUAGCCCUUCCAUUUGGUGAUGAAAGGAAACAAAUCCUGGGUCGGAAAUUCAAAAUUGAAGGCAUCCCUGCAGCUGUAGCGAUUGGCCCAAGUGGCCGGACCAUUACCAAAGAAGCUCGGAUGCACUUGACAGCUUACGGGGCAGAUGCUUUUCCAUUUACCGAGGAACAUCUAAAGCAAUUGGAGGAGCUUGAGGAAAAGGCAAAGGGGUGGCCAGAGAAAGUGAAACACGAACUUCAUACCGAGCAUGAGCUGAUUCGUACUAAACGCGUAGCAUAUAUUUGCCAUGGCUGUCGUGAAACAGGACAUAGGUGGUCUUUCUAUUGCAAACAAUGUGACUUUGAUCUUCACCCUAAGUGUGCUUUGAAAGAAGAUGAAGAUACUGGAAGUGAAAAGGGAAAGGAAGGAUGGAUCUGCGAUACAGAUGUGUGCCGCAGAGCUUAAGCAGGCAAGCGUACCUUGUAUGUGGUUUUAUAUGGGCUUUCUGCUGUAAUAAGCAUGCGAUGUAAGAUGUUUGUUGCAUGUGUGUGAAGAUAGUGGAUGUCUUUCCUGUUAUUGAUAUGUAAUUAAGACGUGUGUUGCUGAAGGAUUUUCAUGUCCUGUAUUUUGAUACCAAAAAUAAAUGUCCGGAUUGGCUGCAGUUUAUGUGAAUCCUGUGACCCAUUUGAAACCUGGGAAUCCAUGGUUGCUGGUUGUUCUCAAAUCUCAAUCACUUGUUAUAAGGGUUUCGUCAUUCCUAAA